AUGCUUUCCACUUCGACCGAUCCGUUUGACGUCGCUCGAGAUGAAGUAGAGGCUCUCAUUCGAAAGGUGCGGAGCAUGCACAAAGAGUGGCAAAAACUGCUACAGUCAGAAAACACAGCUGAGAGUCGGAAGUUUCAAGAUCUACAAAAAGAGCUAGCGGCAGAGCUCUCGAUUUUGUCUGGCGACCUUGCAGAGGUGGGUCAGCUUGUGAUUCUUGGCACUUUAGCACUUUAA